AUGAGUAAACACGACGAUCAAGACCCACUGCUGCCCACUUCGGCCAAACUUACCAUCCCGCCACAGAAAAGACAUGCCGCACAGAACAGUCAGAGCACGUUGAAUUUCAAAAUCUAUGUGAUCACUUCCAUGACUUUUCUUUGGACGGGAUAUACGUUAUUAGUAAGACAUACCCGAUCGACCACUGGCAAAGAUGAGGUGGGUUGUUAUUCGACUUCGAUGCUUGAGCGUCUGAAAUUUUAAAAUUUGCAACUUUUUAUGGGAUUUUUGUAUUUUCUUAGAUGUACUCAGCCCCAACAGUCGUAUGUCUCGCGGAAUUGAUCAAGUUUUUCAUUGCAUUUAUCCUCCUUUCCCACGACCACAAAUACAAUAUGGGGGAGACCAUUAUCACCAUCAAACGGGACUUCAUCAACAAACCCAUGGAUCUGGUCAAGAUGUCUGUCCCUAGUAUAACAUAUGCCCUCCAGAAUAACCUCGAUUUCGUGGCUUUAUCAAAUCUGAGCGCUGGAGUUUAUCAGGUAAGUCUACAUUUAUAAAUUAUUGUUAUGGAUAUCGUUUUAUGACCUACAAUUUUGUUGUUUAGGUAACGACCCAGCUGAAAGUAGUCACAACUGCUUUGUUUAUGAUGGCAUUUUUGGGGAGAAAGUUCUCAAGAACUCGUUGGGUUGCCAUCUUUAUGCUUUUCGCUGGAGUAGCGGCUGUCCAGGUAAAUAAUCUUAUGUUGACUUUUUACAUGUUCAUGUAUUCUCUGCUUAACUUUUUUCUUUUUUACACCCUAAGGUAAUAUGUUUUUAGUUGAACAAUAUAGAUCAGAAUUCCUCAGCCGGGAAACCCAAUGAGAAUCCAGUGGUUGGAUUGGUCGCUGUUCUAGCCACUUGUGUCACCGCUGGAUUUGCUGGCGUUUAUUUCGAGAUGAUGUUGAAAGAUGGAACUCCAACUUCUCUGUGGAUCCGGAAUAUGCAAAUGUAUUUCUGCGGAAUCAUCUCCACUGGAGUUGGGGUUCUCGCCAAAGACAGUGAGCAUCUCCAAACCAAAGGAUUCUUCCAUGGGUAUAAUGCUGAGGUCUGGGCGAUCGUUCUCUCUCUUUCUGUUGGCGGUAUCUACAUUUCGUUGGUAAUGAAAUAUUUGGAUAAUCUUCACAAAUCCUUUGCCUCGAGCAUUUCCAUCAUCCUGGUGGUCCUCUUGUCCGUAAUGUUGUUCGAUUCUGUCUCGCUGGGGCUUUACUUCUUAUUCGGGUCUCUGGUUGUAUGUGGGGCUGUUGUUCUAUACAACUCUGUCCCCGAAUAG